AUGGAUUUUAGUACAGUAGUGAAUUAUGGUUCGAAUAAUCAUGGCGAAUCGGGCAAUGUUGAACAUUUAUUACGAACUUGUCAUCAUUUAAAAAAUAUUACUCAAUUUUACGGCAUCACUUAUGAUAAUGAAAGAUUUCCGAUUAUUUUGGACCAUACACUGAAUGAUUUUAAUGAAAAGAAAAUAUUGCGCCAUGUUGAUACAAUAUUUUUUUGUCACAAAGGUGAUUGGGAAGUAGGUGAUGAAAAUGGUGCCAUAAAUUAUAUAACCAGUAGGUUAUAUUAUCGAUUAUUAGCAGAUUAUCGUCGGCAGAUAAUAUCACCAAAAAAAUUAACAAUAUUGUUAAUAUUCGUACAAAUUGUAUCGAUGAGCUAUGUUGGUGAUUCAUGCGUUGCGGUUAUUGAAGGAAAAGCAGGUUUUAUUCCGCAUUUCAAGGUUGGAUUAUUUCAUAUGUCUGAUUUGGCACAAUUUGAAGCAUCAGAUCUUGUUAAAAAUUAUUUUCCAGAGCAAGAUUAUCAGUUUUUCCCAAUCGAUCAUUUAGCAUUAAAAAAUAAACGAUCCUGCAGACCGAGAAAAAUCGUAGAGAUUGAAAGUGAUUCAGAAAAAUAUUUAAAUUUUUCUGAAUGUGUAACAUUAACAACACCUGACUUUUAUUAUCAGUUGUGUUGUUGCGACGAAAAUUUUGAGAUUUGUGGCUCAUUAGAGGAUGAUUAUAAGGUUGAUCCAGGCAAAUCGAUAUCUUUAGCAAAAGAAUUUCUUGAUCAACCGGAUAAAUUGGCAGAAUAUGAAUUUGGCGAAAAUUCAGUAUACCGUAACUACCACAAUAAACCAAAAAUUGUUUGUGCUAUUGGAACGCUGAAGAUGAAUGAAACUUUGAGGGAAGAACGUUUAAUAGAUAAGGCAUUUCCUACUAAUGUUCGCUCAUGUCAGUCCAUUUAUUAUUACAAGAAAGGGAUUGGUGAAGAUUAUCAAAUGUAA